AUGAAGCAACUAAUCUGGAGGCGCAUUGAUGGCUCCUUCUGGAACCUGUGUCUCCUGUUACUGCUAUCUGGCUCUGUGCAGCUUCUGGCUCUUUCCAGAUCGGGCACCGGCCCGGGGGGCAACUGCACGGGCUGCAUCAUCUGCUCAGAGGAGAACGGCUGCUCCAGCUGCCAGCAGAGGCUCUUCCUGCUCAUCCGCCGUGAGGGCGUCCGGCAGUAUGGCAAGUGCGUGCACGACUGUCCACUUGGCUUCUUCGGCAUCCGCGGCCAGGAGGUCAACAGGUGCAGAAAAUGCGGGGCCACGUGCGACAGCUGCUUCAGCCAGGACUUCUGCAUCCGCUGCAAAAGACGGUUCUUUCUGUACAAGGGGAAGUGUCUGCCCACCUGCCCCCCGGGCACCUUGAGCCAGCCAAGCACCCGGGAGUGCCAGGAGGAAUGUAAACUAGGACCCUGGGGCAGCUGGGGUCCCUGCAUACAUGAUGGGAAGACCUGUGGUGCCACCUGGGGCCUGGAGACCCGUGUGCGUGAGGCUGGGCUAGCUGGGCAAGAAGAAGAGGCCACCUGCCAGGUGCAGUCUGAGUCCAGGAAAUGUCCCAUCCAGAGGCCCUGCCCAGGAGAGAGAAAUGCCCGCCAGAAGAAGGGUCGGAAGGACCGGCGACAGCGCAAGGACAGGAAGCUCGAGCCCAGGCCUGAUGGGAGGCUGAGCCAGCCCAGCCAGCAGUGA